CUUGGUGUGAUAAACAAAUUUAAAUCGGCAGGAUUUAAAGGCGCUAAUUUCGUUACUUGUGUCUCAAAUGACCUUUAGAUGGAUAAAGGAAGCUGUCUUGGUCGUGUUCCUUAUAACUCGGUGAUUGGAUUCAUCUUAGUACUUGUUGGAGGUGGAGUCUUGUGUGGUACAAUUUAUUCUGGAAUAUCACGUAUCGAUACAUACUUUCGGUUGUAUUUUUUUCCUGUGUACUCUUUACCUUAUCUAAGAAUAGCUGCAGUUGUGAAUGGGGCAGUAGCCGUUCUACUCGCUUUUCUUAUACUAAUUUUCUCAACACUUGUGAAUAAUGCUACUCGUGGCCGCAUCUAUCGUGGUGAUCGCUACAUUAUGGGUGGGCGUUGUUCAGCAGCUCUGUUCAUGUGCACCACAUAUGUAACCAUAAUUGUAUGGUUAAUAUUUUUAGCAUUCCUUGUUGUCCCUACAUUUUGUUGGGCAAUGUUCAACUCGAUUUGUACUGCUGAGUUAGCUGAUGUUUGGCAUGGACCAGGUGCACGACGUCCUGGUCCUGAUGGCCGUGUUGCUCCAUCUCUGUCAGAGUUACGAGAUCGUAAAGAUUACCUGGCGGAAACGUAUACAGCUCGUCUUGCCUACUAUUAUCAAAAUCUCAAUUUUGGCUAUAAUCCUUCUGAGUCUCAAAAUGGUUUCAGACCUCCUUUUGUUAAUCUGGGAAACUCACCCAAUCUACCAAAUUAUCACGGCAAUCGAUAUUAUUCUCCUGAUUUCAACUACAUUUUUAACUUGACACAUUAUGUUACUAAACCAUUUGGUAUAAAAUAGUAACCAGUUCAUAUUCCAUAGACGAACCUAUAUGAAUUCAAAUCAGUGGGCAUAAUAAGAGCAUUGUCUAUUUAAUUUUAUGAGUAAGAAUGACGUAAGUACGUCUUAGUUAUUACCGGCCUGUGAUCUUGCCUAUUUUAUAAGGGUCAGUUGCACUAUUUAUUAUUUAAACACAUAAACAUUGGUACAUGGGGGCACCCAGUACAUAUGGGCCACACAAUAACAAUGAGACUAGUAGUGGUUACCAUUAAUUUGUGUGAGGGCUGGGAUACUACCCAGGUGCCCAAACCGAGGCGGAUGGUUCUUUUAGGGAGGCACAUUCGGAGCCAUUGACCUGAAGGACAAAUCCAUAAGGCAAUGGAGCAUCGUUAGGAGAUGCAGUCCAAUGGUAGUCUGUGACCAACGAUAGGUUUAUACGCUAUUUUCCCCUCAGGAUCUUGGAGCCCAGCUGCAUCAUUAGUUUGGAGUCAGGGUUUUCCAGCUCCCCUAGGUGGAUCCUCAUUAUUCACCUACCCGGCCAAAGCUUUUCGUUCUCUAAAUUUUGUAAACAACACCCCCGACACGAGAAGGCAGUGGGUAGGACUUCCCCGACAGUGGCUGUAUACGUGUGGCCUCGUGAGAGCAUUUCAAGAGGGAGAGCUGACUCUCCCCACCUUCGGCUGUAGUAGGGAAUUUGGAAGCCUAGAUUGUAUUUAAGCAGAGAUGAAUUAGAGCAUGAUUCAUAAAAUCAAUCAUUUUACGCUCUUCAUGCAUACAAGUAUAUGUUCAUUCAGUAUUCUGUCCAAAGCCUUCAUAAUUGUAGUUAACUGAUAAAAUCCUCAUAAAAAUAGAUUCAACCUUUUAUACAUUCGUCUCCUUUGAAUAAUACAUUUACAUCGAUGAAAAUUACAGCUAUAGAUAUCAUCCAUUUACUAUUAGGGUCAUUUAUUGCAUUAUAGUGACCUGGUACGUUCUUUUACCCCGAGCAUUUUUCAACGGUUUCCUCUUAGUUAAAGAAUAUUGGUAAGCAAUUUGAAAAGAAUAUGGAACUGUAAUUUAUUCGUGGUUGUAAUUCUGCUACUUGGAAUAUUUUAUUAUUCGCUUUCAGGAUAUCAUGUGAACGACGGAUUGGAAAAUCGUAUAGUUGCAUAUAUUAAGUAUCAGUAAAACGUUUUAUUUAUUUAUAAGACUAAAUGUGCUUGGUGAAAUUUGGUACUGAAACAUCCCCCUUUGUAAUUCUAAACUUAUAAUUCACUCAUCUUUUAUAUUCCUCAAAAUGUUAUGGAUCUUUUUCUAAUUUAAUCAGUGACUUAGAAAGAAUUGCUAUGCACCUAAUAAAAUAGACCUUAACAUAGCGGUAAAAUUAGGAAUAAUAUCUUCCGUAUCACUCAAAUACAUCUGUGGCAAUUAUUUAUCUCCCAGAAUCUCAUUUUUCUCAGUGCUUGCUUUCCUACAAUAAAAACAUACUCUUUUUGAACAUCGCCAUUAAUAUUUAAUUAAAUGAUUCUACAAUUGAUUGACCAUUAAAUAGUUUAUUUUGUAAAAGAAGUGUUAUAAUUCUCUCUUAUUACGACCCGGCUAUUCCUAUUGCUGAGUAGUCUUGGACACCGAUUCACUUGACAAGUCCCCAAAUCAGAAAACAGUCGAACAGGAAGGGAAUUAUAUUCCAAAUAACAAGGGUAGAUGGAAGUAAGAGGCACAAUAAAAAAAAACAGUAUAUUUAUAGUUUUUACAUGAGAAGAUUCUAGUCUUCCCCAAGUAUCGACUAGCGCUGGAUAAGAAACAGCCAAUCAGCGUGCACUGACACAAUCAUGCAUGGAACAUGCUUCAAUCCAAUGUGUCCCGCUAACAAGAAGUAUUUAUAAUAUCCCAUUUUAAUAUCAUUUUUCUAAACAAGUACCGAGUUUUAUACUAAAUGCCUAGUACGAGCAGUUCAGAACAGUUGAUUCCAAUUGUUCAAUAUUCAUGUUCGAAUCUGCGAUAAGAACAUUCAUCUGGUUUAUCAGAAUUUCAAACUGAAUGUUUGCACCAGGUUUGUUGACAGGUAAUUCAAUGUAACGAUUUCUAACUUCAAUGUACUACGUGUACUUAAAAUUGGGACUUUGAAAAGUACGAAUAAACCUAUCGACCGACAAGUUCCCAUCUAUUUGAAAUGAAUAUCAUAAUGCCUGUGUAUGUACUGUGUGAAACACACAUUCAUUUCCAGUAAAGCUCAACUGUGAGAAAAUCAGGAGUGCGACAGAUUUCUGAUCACAUUCAGCCAAUCAUUAAACCACAAUUGUAAAUAAAUGAUUUGUAAUGCUGGAACUAGGAUUAAGGUUUUAGCAAUAAGAUUUACAGUUAUGAUUGGUGCUCAAAACUUACCAUUGCGAUUUAAAAUUAUGAUGUAGAUUUUAAGAUUUGAGUUUGGGGUUACAGCUAUGAUCAGGAUUUAGGAUUUAUGGUUGCAGUUACAAUCAGGGUUUAUGAGUAAAGUGAGAAUUUAGUAUUGGGAUUAGGUUUUACGCUUAAUAUAUAUUUACCUUUAUCCUAACUUUAAACUGUACAUCCUAAACGUAAACUCGACAUUUUGUCCUUAACCCUAACCUUAGGUAUUUAACAGUGUUUUUAUCAUCAGUACUAAUCAUCUGUGUUCGGUAGAUAACGUUCUAUUUUGAUAAGUGUGUCGUGACCUUGAAGCACCUCACUUGUUCUUUGUUGGUUCUUUAUACUUCAUCCUUAUCAUCAUCUAACAAUGUGAAUAGGAUAUAGGUUUUUAAUAAAUUGACCGUGUUCUUAUUUUACUUCAUCAAUUCUAUUCCUUAUUAUGUUGCGUUACAAUUGAAUAAUAGUUUAAACGAAUGUGAUGACCGCUAUGGAUAUUUAUUCUUGUUUAUGCAGAUUUUCAAAAGUCUGGUCGUCUUCUUAAGCAAUGAUCUCAACAACCUGUUAAAAAUCUUUGUUGCUAACAAACAUUUUACAUAGCUUUAAAUAAUAAACGAUAUCUAUUAAAACAUAAACUGAUAAUUUAGAGAAAGAACCAUCUUUUGUAAAAGCUAUACAAAUUUAUUUGUCGUUUCUAACGCAACUACAGACAGAGUCGUUUAUUGGACACAGUGGGUUGAUUAUUUCUAGUUUAUUGAAGUGAUAUCAAAUAUUUUACAAAUCUGCCAGUGAAAUUCAAUUAUUUAUUUUCCUAUUGUUGUGUCAGUGUUUUAUGGGUACACUAUUUCUCUUUUUUUCGAGGUGUUUAUAUUAAACCAUGGAUGUAUGAUGAGUCACUGAAUUAUCGCGAAGCCAUUACUUCGCUGAACGAAUUUGCAAGAUUUUGUGACGAAGUUAUGAUAGUGGGUCCACUUUUUGCUUGUUCACUUGGUGGUGCUGUUUUUGUUCUACUUGGUUUGACUCUAUUUGUUGGCUCAUUGUCAGCUUAUUAUACUCGAUUAAAAUUGACAAAAGAACUGACAGAUUUCAAACAGAGCAUUGCAUUAAGAUCACCCAAAAAUCAUGAUCCAUCAGCUUAUUUUUAAAUAGCAGAAUCCCUACGUACUAUUAUUAUUAUUAUUGUUAUUAUUAUUAUGUAAAAAUCUCGGUGUUGUAGACAAUGAAAGAAAAUAUUUAUAACCUUAAUUAGUUUGUUUUUAAAGCAAAGUAGUGAAAAUGCAUUUUCUCAGUAGACAGAAGGAUAAACAGGGAGAAGUGGGCACGGGAAAGAGGUUGGAAAAAAGUGGGGAAUAUAGCAAUGAUUAUCGUUUGUUUGAAUUAUUUUCUAAUUUUAUUUCUCACAGUUGUGUAUACUGUGUGCACUUUCCAGUUGUUGUUCUACACACUUGACAAUGUGCGAUGUGUUCAAUUCAUUGUUUAUUUGUUUGUUUGUAUGUGCAUUUUGCCUCUCUUAUCUCCACUCAAUAAUGAUAACUGUCCUAUCCUUAAUGUACAUGAUAGUAUGUUUGGAGAAAAAGAUAAUAAUUUGAUAAAGUAUUUUUGUUUAACUGCUAUCAGUUAUAGUAAUAAAAGUAGUUAUGAGUACCGUGUAUUUUACUCCAUACUCAAUAUGGAUAUAUAUAUUACUCUAGUUUUUAAUAUAUGUUCUAUGUUUACUCUAUAUUCAUUUGUUUGGCUUUCGUUUUUAUUUUUGGCCUCUCCCUAUCAUAGGAUAUUCCAUUUUAUCUUUUAUAUACUAUUUGUAUUCACUAAAUGAUGAAUUAUGAUUUUGGUACAACUAGUCAAUAAUUUAAAAAUUAGUAUCUAUGUAUGUGCGAACACGAACAUACGCUCCAUCUAUCUCCCUCUUCUACGUUUUCGUUUACAUUGUUAAUCAAAACCAUAUAUAUCUAUUUUAUGUAUUGAAUAACACAAUAAUGAUCGUGCUAUCUUGUCUGACUAUCGCAUAUAGUUUCUGAUCUACUGCACUUUGCCUAUCUAUUCAUUUACUCUGCUUUGUUUUUGUUUUUCUAUCAACCCAGUAAAAAUGAUACAGGAUAAACUUUUAACGACACAAACAUAUUUUUAUAUAUUCAAUAUAUCUCAGUUAUUACUACCAUUAUUCGCUAUUUCACUUAUUUUCUCUUGUCAUUAUCAUUUAUACUGUCUUUUUUCUACAAUGUCAUAAGUACAACUUUUUUAGAAUGAAAUAAUUUCCAAUAUUUUAUUUUGCAUUUUAUUUUAUUCAAUUGGUUGAUAACAGCAAAUUUAAAUUUGAAGAAACAAGUAUUAUCACCAAGUAUUUAGCUAAAAUGACACUAGUCUCGUUGUUCAGUUAUUUUCAUCAUAAUGCAAAUAAGGAUCUCAUAAUUAUUUCUUUAUGUAUGUGUGCAUAUAUGUAUGUCUUUUUUGUAAAGUGAAGUUCUUGAAAGUUUCAGUAAAUAAGAGCAUUUUUAGAUCAAUUUUUCCUCUUUGUUUACAUAAAUGUAUACUCAAACUCAAAAAAGUUUACUUCAAUAUUCCAUGAUAUUUGUUAUUAUUAUAAUUAUCACUACUAUUACUACCACUACUACUACUAUGGUAAACUGGGACUUCGAAUUACUAUUCUUUGAUUUGACUUUACGUUUGAGAUAUUCAUAUGAAGAGAAAAUCAAUGCAUUUGUGGUGUACUCCUUUUUUUGAUUUAAAUCACAUAAAUAAAUUGUUCUCAUUAUGUUAACUCUCUUGUUUCAUUUGUAAUUAUCAAUAAUUCACAGAAAUUCCAAUGGUGUUGUUACACCGUUGAGAAGCUAAUCUAACAUUGUACAGAAUUCCCAAGGGGAAAGAUUAAGUUUUAAAUUGUUUAAAAAUGUUAGAAUGUGAAUAUGAUCGACUAACUUAAAAAUAUGAUCAAUCCACAGAAUGCGAAUGAAAUAAAUCACAUAGAAUCCUUAAUAAUAUUUCUUAUGGAAACCAUCAUAUCCAAUUGUCAUUGUUUCGUUUCCCAGUUGAAGCAUGAGUGAGAUUUAAAGUGGAAUCAGGAUAACCCGUUUGUGACAGUAGUAGUGUAAGUAGGUUUAGCUAAAUAAGUCCUUCAUAUUCGUGCGAAAUUCUCAUCAUUCUAUCAACGUGUAAUUCUUAGC